AUGAGGGUCUUCAUCGCCUUCGAUGGUUCCUGUGAGCCUUUUGACGUCUCUCCUGACCAGACCGUGGGGAGCGUAAAACUGAUGGUCAAGGAUUACUUCCACUUGCAACUGUCAGACGACAAGCAGGUGAGGCACUUCCUGGAGCUGAGCUAUGCUGGUGCCAUCCUUCGGGACAACUGGGUCCUGACAGACGUUGGCAUCACCCCUAGCAGUGCCAUCUGCUGCCUGCUGAAGCGGGAGCCGGUGGUGCGUGUGUUCAGUGCCGUGACGGGGGAGACCCUCUCAGUCUUGGGCACUGUGUUUCUCCUGAGUACGUCUGUGGCCAGGCUCAUGACCCUGGUGUCCCAGCAGUGUGUGCUUCCCGUCAGCUCCUUCAGACUGAGCUCUCCCACCGGCCUGCAACUCUACGACUGCAACCGGCUGCACGACUACGCCAUUGACCUGGGGGCUACUCUACGGUUAGACACCUGGGAUGGGUGGGCGGAGUUCCUCAGAGGCUGCUUCCUGGGACACAGACUGACCGUCCAACGACACCUGUCUAGGGAGAGACCUGUGAUGAGGUUCCAGCUCCGGGUGGCACUCUACAUCGCUGCUUCUCUGGGCCACCUGGACUUGGCCGGCUGGCUGCUGGAGAGGGGGGUGCGUGUCAUUGAGCCGGUGGGGGUUCACCCUUACCGUGAGUGGUGCCACCAGACGGCCCACCCCGACGUCGCCAAGGUUCCCGCUGUCGCCUCCAUCAAGCGCGGCCAGCUCACCAUCCUCAAACUCUUUAUCGCCAGCAGCGUUCUGACCCUUGACCCUGGGGAUCCCGACAGGCGUGACCCCCUGAGGAUCGCCCUCCAGUACGGCCACAGAGAGUGUGUGCGUCACCUGGCCACCAAGCUGUGCUCUGUGGUGGUCCUCCCAGGUAUGGCCCUGCCCAUGCGGACAUACCUCCAGAUAAAGGGCUGGGUGAGGCUGGGGCAGAGGAGGGCAGCAUCCAGGCACUGCAUGGGCCUCAACAGGGCUCCGUUCAGGACCAGGGUGGGCGACACGGUCCUGGUGGACGGCUUCACCCUCCCCAAGAUGUCCUCCAAGCCCAAGAGGAUUGAGGCCAAGGUUGGUAUCAGGGUGAUGUCCACAGCCUCUCGACGUUUGACCCCCAUCAACUGCCCAUCUCAUGUAUCCUGCCCGCUCCGCGCCCUGGCAUCCCGGGAUAAACCUCUUUAA